AUGAGUAAACAUAUUCCUGUGAGUAUCCGUCGCACCGCCGCCUCUGGGGCCGGGGCUCCACGACCGGCCCCCCCAUCACCACCGUCGCCUUUGUUCGGAGCCCGGCGUCCGCUCCCCACCGCCCCGGCACGCAGUUCCGGUGGGUCCCUAUCCCUGCGGAGCCGGGGGCGGCGGGGGCAGUGCGGCCGGGCCUGCGUGGCGGGUGGGGGCGGUUUCGGCCACCGCAACAGGCCGGGCGGGGCGGCACAAAAGCCGCUUUGUGACCGCCGCCUCCGCCCUUGGCCCUCCGGUCUGGCGCGCCUGUCCGGGGCCCGGCGGGCUCCGCGGCGUCCCGAGGCCCCUUUGUUUGGCCGAAAGAGAGCAGCCCGCCUGGGAAGCGGGAGACGUGGCCCGGGGUGGGGCAAGGGCUGCGCGUGUCACUGCGGAGCCGGAUACGGGGAGGGCGCGGCGGCGGGGUCGCCACCAGACCCGUGCCGGCGUGGGGUAGGCGGGGCGGCCGGCGAGGCUGAUAACGGUCUCUACCGAGAGAUCUCCGGGCUCGGGGGCCGGCGCGGGACAGGAGCCUGCAGCAGCCACCCCUGUGCUCCGCGGCCCGGGCCGGCGCCUCAGACAAAAUGGCCUCGGCGUCCGCGCCUGACUGAAGGCGCGGCGCGAACCCGUGAUUGCGGCGCGGAGAAGGGGCGCCGCGGGCGGGCCCCGGCGCGCACCGCCGCGGGCGCGGAGCUGCGGCCAUCGGGGGCUUUGCGCGAGCAGGAGCCUUGCGGGGGCUGGAGUGAGGCUCUGCUAGUUCUGUGGUGUUCUUGGUCACACAUUUAUGGAGUUUCUGAAGGGCAGUGGAGAUUACUGCCAGGCACAGCACGACCUCUAUGCAGACAAGUGAACUGUAGAAAUUCAUUACUACUCCACCAAGAAGCCCCCAUAAGAGUGGUUAACCUGGACACAGAAGUGUUGAAUUGAAAUCCACAGAGCAUUUUACAAGAGUUCUGACCUGGAUGGGGUAAACCUCAGUGCACUUCCUUUCUAUUGCCUCAGUAUUACUGGAUUGAAGAAUUGCUGCUUCUUGUUAGGAGGUUCAUUUCAUUUCC